AUGUUAUCAUUAAAUUUGUUUUUUCCCACCUUUCUCUAUCCACCUUUUCCUUUUCAUCAUUCUCCUCUCUCCAUCCUUUCCAUCUCUCUACUCACUGAUUCCUUCUUUUCUGCCAACUUUCUCUCUCACUCUCCUUUUCUCUCUCUCCUUUACUCUCCCUCUCUCUCCUAUUCUCUCCUUUUCUCUCUCUCCUUUACUCUUCCUCUCUCUCUGCUUUUUUCUCUCUCUCCUUUACUCUCCCUCUCUCUCUCCUUUUCUCUCUCUCUCCUUUUCUCUCUCUCUCCUUUUCUCUCUCUCCUUUUCUCUUCCACUCUUUCUGCUUUUUUCUCUCUCUCCUUUUCUCUCCCUCUCUCUCUCCUUUUCUCUUUCUCCUUUACUCUCCCUCUCUCUCUCCUUUUCUCUCUCUCCUUUACUCUCCCUCCCUCUCUCAUUUUCUCUCUCUCUCACUUUCUCUCUCUCCUUUUCUCUCUCUCUCCUUUUCUCUCUCUCUCUCCUUUUCUCUUUCACUCUCCAUUCCUCCUGUUUGAUGUUGUCUCUCUUUUCCAAUAA